CUAUGAGCUGAAAGUUGCGUGUGUUUCAAAGCAAAUAUGGAGGAUUUCAGUGACACGAAUUCGCACGAAAUGACAGAAAAUCAUGUUCAAAAACGGUGUAAUAAUCAGUGGGUUCGAUUAAAUGUUGGUGGUACAUAUUUUUUAACGGCGAAGACUACUUUAGCUAGAGACCCCAAUUCAUUUCUCUAUCGAUUGUGUCAAGAAGAUUCUGACCUUAUCUCAGACAGGGAUGAAACUGGAGCAUAUUUAAUAGAUCGUGAUCCAACAUAUUUUAGUCCUGUUUUAAAUUACUUACGUCAUGGGAAAUUGGUUAUUAAUAAAGAUUUAACAGAAGAAGGUGUCUUAGAAGAAGCAGAAUUUUAUAAUAUUACAGAACUCAUUCGGCUAGUGAAAGAAAGAAUUAUUUUAAGAGAUACCAGACCAUUAAGAGAUUCAAAGAAACAUGUUUAUAGAGUCAUUCAGUGUCAUGAAGAUGAAUUAACUCAAAUGGUAUCAACAAUGUCUGAUGGAUGGAAAUUUGAGCAGUUAAUCAAUAUAGGAUCUCAAUAUAAUUAUGGAAAUAACGAUCAUGCUGAAUUUCUAUGUGUGGUCAGUCGAGAAUAUGGAGCCAGUCAACUCAAUAGUAAGGAACAAGAAUCAACGGAUCGUGUUAAGGUAUCAUUAUUGCAUUCAAAAUUCUUAUGUCACUCUUUUAACCAAAGCAAUUAUAUAUAAUCUUUGUUCAUAAUUUUAUUAAAUAAUUAUGUUACUUUCUUUCUAUUUCUUAUUUAUUUUGUCACAAUUGUAACAUGAAAUCGUAUUACUAAUGUCAACAGUUAUGUUUAUAUUUUAUUACCAAAGAUUAUAAUUAAUAAAAAAUUGGAAUACAUAUAAAUAAAAUAUGGAAUUAUACCAUUUUAAAAAAAGCGUUUAUAGUUAGGAAAUUUUUAUAGUUUUAUGUAAAUGAAGUCACAUAUAUUUAAAUCUCUAUCUAUAAAUCUUUUACCUAAUUAGGCACACAUUAUAAAUACUUUGUUUUAUGAUGCAAGAUAAUAUAAAAGUACCUUAUAGUUGGUAUUAAAUAUAUGCUACUAAGUUUUUUAAUAUAUAUAUUUAUAUAAAAACAUUUUAUAUUGUUUUUAUAUAAAAAUUAAAAAUAUUUAUAGAUUUAUCCUUCUUUAUGUCUUAAAUUUAUUUAAAUUAUAAUAUAAUAUUACUAAUUAAUUAUUUAUAUUUUUCUUUUUAAAACAUAUCACUAAUUCAGGGGCCAAUUUGCAUGAGCAUGUUCUGCCUCUGAUAUUUGCUGUAUGUAUUACAUCAUGGUUUUUUUGUACUGCAUGCUGUACACUAAAUAAAGAAUUUUUUCUUUUA